AAAAGUGUAAUGAAUCAUGAUGCGACACCAAUUAGGGUUCUCCCAGUUAGUUCCAGGAGAAUGUGGAGAUUUAUCAUUCUCCUUCUUUCUCUAGAAAUGUGGUCAUUUGAUUUCUCUGGUUUUCUGCUUUUUAUAAUCAUAGUGUGAUUCCUGCAGCCAUAUAUGUAGUAUCAUGCAUUCCUCUGAAUCAAACGACCAACAUGUUCUCCCUAGUCCAACAACCCAACCCUUCAUAUCAAAAUUCAGAAAAUUUACAUAUCACACACUGUCCUUAUUGGUUCUCCUUACAGCAAUCUAUCUGGGAUUCACAAGAACAAACUUAUACAAAGUUCACUCCUUGAAAUACUCCCUCGCAUCACCACCCCUUUCUCAUGCAAUUGGGUCUCUCAUUUCACCCCCAAAACCUGUUUCUAUGCCCUCCCAUUGUGUAUUAUGGAUGGCCCCAUUUCUUUCAGGUGGUGGGUAUAGCUCAGAAGGUUGGUCCUAUGUUUUAGCCCUUCAUAGCCACAGAAAAAUGCAAUCUUUUAGGUUGGCCAUUGAGCACCAUGGGGAUCUAGAAUCUUUGGAAUUUUGGGAGGGCUUGCCGCAAGAUAUGAAGAACAUUGCAAUUGAGUUGUACCAAACCCAGUGUAGAAUGAAUGAGACGAUUGUGAUUUGCCAUAGCGAACCUGGUGCGUGGUACCCUCCACUUUUUCAAACCUUUCCAUGCCCUCCAUCUUUGUACCAUAAUUUCAAGUCUGUGAUUGGCAGGACCAUGUUUGAGACUGAUAGAGUGAAUGCUGAACAUGUGGAGCGAUGUAACAUAAUGGAUUAUGUUUGGGUUCCUACAGAGUUUCAUAUGUCCACAUUUGUGCAAAGUGGGGUUGAUCCUUCCAAGGUGGUGAAGAUUGUUCAACCUGUUGAUGUGAACUUCUUUGAUCCUGUGAGGUACAUCCCAUUAGAUCUUGCUUCUAGAGCAAAGUUGGUAUUAGGUUCUGGUGUGAGCAAGGGUUUUGUGUUUUUAAGUGUAUUCAAGUGGGAGUAUAGGAAAGGGUGGGAUGUGUUGCUAAAAUCAUACUUGAAGGAAUUCUCAAAGGAUGAUAGGGUUGCUUUGUACUUGUUAACAAAUCCGUAUCAUACCGACAGCAAUUUUGGGAACAAGAUAUUGGAUUUUGUGGAGAGUUCUGAUGUGGUAGAGCCAGUUAGUGGUUGGUCUCCAGUGUAUGUGAUUGAUACUCACAUAGCAUUGAGUGAGUUGCCAAGAGUUUACAAGGCAGCUGAUGCUUUUGUUCUUCCUUCCAGAGGGGAAGGAUGGGGGAGACCGCUGGUGGAGGCCAUGUCCAUGGCGUUGCCAGUGAUUGCAACGAAUUGGUCUGGACCAACUGAAUAUUUGACAGAGGAAAAUGGCUAUCCACUGCCUGUGGAUAGAAUGAGUGAGGGAACAGAAGGUCCAUUCAAGGGUCACCUUUGGGCUGAACCUUCCGAGGAUAAGCUUCAGGUUCUUAUGAGACAGGUGAUGAGUAAUCUCACCGAGGCUAUAGCCAAAGGCAAAAAGGCGAGGGAGGACAUGAUAAGUCGGUUCUCGCCCGAGAUUGUGGCCAACAUUGUUGCAGAUCACAUACAAAAGAUACUAGAGCAAUAAGAACUAUGGAGUUUCUGGUCAUGUUUGUCCAAUCAUGUCUUGUGAUUCACACACAAGGAGAUUGAGAUUGUUAGCGGGAGUGUUAUUGAAUUUCCUAAAAUGAUUGGGGCACAGUAACUUAACCACCGAAGGACAUUGAGAUGCAUUAUUGAGCCAUGGUUUAUUAGUCAAUAGAAAAUUGCAGGUCUGAGGAUCUUGCAUGUUCUUAUUAUGCUUGUUUUGAGCUUGCAAAAUUCUGGCCAUAAUUAUAUUUUUGGUGCCCAUAAAUAUGUAAGGGUGUUUCAAUGUACCAAUAAUUCUCACUCCUCUCAAA